CGCAGUGACGUCAUAAUCAGGCGCCGGCUCAUCGUUCGUUGUGGUGGUCUGUUGAUUUUAACGAUUGAAAUAGUCGUUUUUAAGAACAGAUGCCUCUACCUCCAGCCCUGCUGGCCCGUUUGGCCAAGAGAGGAAUAGUUAAACCUUCAGAUCAAGAGAUAGAGGAGGAGAUCAUCGCUGAAGAUUAUGAUGACAACAAUGUUGACUAUGAAGCCACUCGGUUAGAAAAUCUUCCCCCAAAUUGGUACAAAGUGUUUGACUCGACGUGCGGUCUUCCUUAUUACUGGAACAUUGAGUCCGAUCUGGUUUCCUGGCUUUCCCCAAAUGAUCCGUCAGCGGUUAUAAUGAAAGCUGCCAAAAAAGCAAAAGAUGGAGGAGAGGAAAGGGUUGAGAAGCCAUCAUUUGAGAAGCCCGACAGAGAACGAGAGCGCGACAGGGAGAGAGACAGAGAUCGAGAGCGUGACCGAGACCGGGACAGAGACAGAGAGAGGGACGAUGCAAGAGACCGGGACAGAAGACGGCAAAGAAAAGACGACAUCGCGCCGUACAGCAAGAACAAACGAGGAAGAAAAGAUGACGAGAUGGACCCCAUGGAUCCCAGUGCUUAUUCUGACGCUCCAAGGGGGUCGUGGUCCAGUGGUCUCCCCAAGCGAAAUGAAGCAAAGACGGGUGCCGACACCACCGCAGCCGGACCCUUGUUCCAGCAGCGGCCGUAUCCUAGCCCUGGAGCCGUGCUCCGGGCCAACGCGGCCAACCAGCAACCCAAGGAGUGAGCAGGAUCCCCGUCAGGACAGCAGCUCGUGCAGACGUGCUUUGGUUUCCGUUUUUGUGGUGACGGGUCUCGCUUUAGACGUGUUCUGAGUGUCCCAAGCAUCCUCACGUCAAAACUUGUAAAUAUGUUUUUACACCUGCAGAUGAGUUUGUUUCCUCUAGAAUUAAUGAACAUAAUAAAUUUGACAAAAGAA